CGGGCACUCCACAUAUUACAACCUUUGACCCCACCCUACUUCAGCCAAUGAAAGGUCGACGUUCAAGGUCGAAGGUCACGUUUCCACGUGUCCAAAAAUAGCGACAACCUCAUGUCCAACAUGGCAGAUGCUAGGCUUCAAACACUUGUCCCUUGUCUGGAUGUCAAGGAUGACCAAUUUGAUGGGGUUGUCGUGGUAACAGAUUCCAUCUCCAAACUGACAGGCAACUUGGAGUGUCUGAAAGCUCCUUUGGAGAAUUAUGGAAAGGUUGACAGUGCGUUGGAGAAGGACGUGGUGCUGGUGCAGACUGAUGUCGUGCCGUCAGGCAGACUGAUCUUCUCCCCCACUGGGCCACUGAACCGUGACCAGGACGAUGUGAGGAGCUUCGCCGACGCAGGGGUCAAGGGCAUCAAGAGAGCACUACAAGCAGGCUGCAAGGCUCCCCUCUUUGUCAGGCCCAUCGAUGACAGCUUCCCCAAGGCCGGCCUUGUUGGCACAUUGGGGGCCCUUCAGGCCCUGUAUGUGCCUCUAGAGGUUCGGGAGGCGGCACCAGCCAAAGCAAGCAAGGCAGAAAAGCUCGGGAUAUGGUGUAACGAUGAAGAUAGUGUUAAAAAGGGAAUUACUAUCAACAAUGCCCUGGAGAAUGGAAGACUGGUGACACGUGACAUCGGAGGAUCCGACCCGGAGAGAAUGGCGGCGCCUCGAGUGCUGGAAUAUGUGCAGGAAGCAUUCAAAGGCACCUGUAUCAAGGUAUCUGUGGUAUCGGACAAGGCGGUCAUUGAAAAGGAAUACCCACUGAUGGCUGCAGUCAACCGAUCAGCCAGCUUUGUGGAUCGGCACCAGGCUCGUCUCAUCUACCUGGACUACGAUGGGGAGGGGGACACGGACAAGACCGUCUUCCUCGUCGGCAAGGGCAUCACCUACGACACCGGCGGCGCUGACAUCAAGGCCGGGGGUGUCAUGGCCGGUAUGCACAGGGACAAGUGUGGGGCGGCGGCGGUCGGGGGAUUCUUCAAGAUUCUGUCUGUCCUGAAACCAAAGGGUCUCAAAGCUCGGGGCGCCAUGGUAAUGGUCCGGAACAGUGUCGGGUCCGAAUGCUAUGUUGCUGAUGAGAUCAUCACUUCCCGGGCUGGGGUGAGGGUGAGAGUCGGGAACACGGAUGCCGAAGGUAGAAUGGUCAUGGCCGACGUCCUCUGUAAAUUCAAGGAAGAUGCAGUCAAGGCUGUAGAGCCACACAUCUUCACCAUUGCUACCCUGACUGGCCACGCUAUCAGGGCCAUGGGACCAGAGUACUCCAUAAUCAUGGACAAUGGCCCUGCAAAACAACUGAGGACCGCCCAGAAUAUUCAGGAGACGGGAGAGGAGUAUGGUGACCCAUUCGAGAUCUCCACCAUACGUAGGGAGGACUAUGUGUUUGUCUCGGGGAAGUCGGAGUAUGAAGACAUCCUCCAAUGCAACAACCUCCCCUCCAGCGCCACGCCCAGAGGACAUCAGUGUCCUGCAGCCUUCAUGAUCAUGGCGGCCGGGGUUGAUAAGCAUGGCAAGGACUCGGACAAGCCCAUCCCCUACUCCCACAUCGACAUCGCCGGCUCCAGCGGACCCUUCCCAGGAGUCCCUACGGGCGCCCCGAUUGUUGCCCUUGCUGCAACCUUCGUCCUGCCAAGAUGCUAGAGGCAGAGCCAGAUAUUCAAAUUUCCCGACAAAAACGUGAUUGGAUCAAAUCUUUUCAAUAUAGUCUCAAUAUAGUCAGUAUAAGCUUUCCUUUUGGUGAGUUCAUUUACAUAACAGACACUGUAGAGCUGGUGUGGUAUGCUACUUAUGUCUUGGUCAACAACAUGGUCAUGUGACCAAUAAUAUUUUUGUGAAAGAUGGUAUACAGUCUGUUACAAUCACUGAACUGGGAGAUGUGGAUUCUGCUUUAUAUUGCGAUGCAUCAUCUUCUCAAGAAUUUAAAUUAUUAUUUCAGAAUUUUAUUUUAUUACAUAUCUUUAUGUGUUUGAAGUAUCAAAUGAUUUCUGUGACAGUUUACUAAAAAUCCUUUCCACCAUCAUCUUCUCAAAAACUUAAAUUAUUAUUUCAGAAUUUUAUUUUAUACAAUACAUAUCUUUAUGUAUUUGAAGUAUCAAAUGAUUUCUGUGAUGUGAAUUAAAAUUACUUUAUUUAUCAAGUUUACAGAAAAUCUUUUCCACCAUGUAUGUAUACCAGGAAUGAUCCAUGUUUGAUCAGGAAAGAUUUAGAAAUAUAAAAAAAUAAUAUUAAUGAACUGAAAACAAUUUCUAAGCAGGAAAAAUAUAUUUUUUUAAACACAUAUAUUUUGAGAUGUUUUCAUGAUAAUUUCUGAUAUAAUUUUUUUUAAUUAGUAUUUAUAUAAAGUAUUAUUUAUCAGUGCUAGUCCGCUAUAUGGAGUAUAUUGCGCUGUCAACACCAAUAAAGUUUCCUGGUAGACUUAAACUUACCCAGGAAUAAAUGUCAUGAUUGUAUCGGCCAGUACUUGUUAAUUUUGUUUACUCUGUUCAAUAUGAUUAAAUCAUGUUCAUCUAUCAA